AAUCAUCCUGAGGUUCAUCCAGCCAUGUUCGCUACUACGCUUGGAUUUUGCACAUGAUUACACUCAGCACUCAUCGAUCAUGUCGAGUCAUAUUCGAAGUGAUGUUCAGAUCAUCGUGUGGACUUACUGACUUCUGAUGGUAUGAAUAUCAACGUUUACGGUAGUGUAGCCUCCUCGCCAAGCUUCGGUGUGAUCCUGCUUGGCUAAGGAUCACAUGUUUUAGUGUACCGUCAAAGACGACCAAGAGAAAAAAAAUCGACAAUACCGGGAUUAAUCGGACAAGCACAGUCGGGGAGUGGCGGCUUGCCCGCCGCUACGAUAAGGUUCGAGGCGGAAACUGACCACCUGACGGCUGACUGUGAUUUUCGGAACGGAAUUGGCGUUCGCCCGGUCAACUGCAACCAAAUUCCUCUGAUUCACUGUCCUGGGACCUGAACUCUGGCACCUAUGGGUCUUGCUCCUUUCCUUCCUACGCAUAGUACGCGCAUUUUUCGACGAUGCCAGGAUCUGACAUCCUUCCGGUUAUAUAUAAGACAUCAUGCGACGCAGCCUGAGUCUGGUGCACUCCAGCGGAAGAAAGUAUGGGUAUCUGCAGAUGCUGCUGUGCAAGAUGUGAAGUCUGGGGACAUUGUCCUGAGUGGAGGGUUCGGUUUGUGUGGUACUCCUGAGACUUUGAUCACUGCUCUUUCACGACGAACGGGCGUGCACGGUUUAACUGCUGUAUCCAACAAUGCUGGUUCAAGUGAUUUGGGUCUGGUCAAGCUAAUGAAAAGCGGGCAACUUGACAAGCUCAUAAUAUCAUAUCUUGGCGGAAACAAAUACCUUGAGCGGAUGUACCUCGAUGGAAAGAUGUCCCUCGAACUGGUCCCGCAAGGUACCCUCGUUGAACGGAUGCGUGCACACGGCGCAGGCAUUCCCGCCUUCUUCACACCCACAGGUGCUUCCACGACCGUUGAAACUGGCGGGAUUCCCAUCAGAUUUAAAGCGGGCGGCUUCAAAGAAGGUAUUUUGAUACCGGGAAACAAAAAGGAAUACAGAGACUUCAAUGGAAAGCGGUAUAUCAUGGAGCCUGCCAUCGCCGGCGACGUCGCAUUCAUCCAUGCCUGGAAGGCAGACGAGGCAGGCAACCUCAUGUUCCGACAUGUCGCAAACAAUUACAAUAACGCCAUGGCAAGGAAUGCGCAGUUAGUUAUCGCAGAGGCAGAGGAGAUUGUCCCUAUUGGCUCAUUGCCGCCAAACGCUGUCCACGUCCCAGGAAUAUUUGUUGACCGUGUUGUGCAGGCCACUGAGCCAAAAGGGUUUGAUAUAAUUGCCACUGCUCCGCCACCCGGAACUACAGGUGGCCCCUCACCUGAGGAACUCCUGGAAAAGAGCACACGGCGCAGAAUAGCAAAGCGCGCAGCACAAGAACUCAGAGAUGGCUUUUACGUAAACCUUGGUGUUGGCAUUCCCACCCUCGUUACGGAGUAUCUCCGGCCGGGCAUCAAGAUCUGGCUGCAAAGUGAGAACGGCAUUCUGGGAAUGGGUCCGUUCCCCACCGAAGACCAAGUCGAUCUUGACAUAACCAAUGCUGGAAAGGAGACGGUCACUUUGCUGCCGGGCGCUUCGGUCUUUGAUUCGACUGAUUCGUUCGGUAUGAUCCGGGGAGGCCACAUGGAUGUCGCCAUCCUUGGUGCUAUGCAAGUAUCCCAGGCCGGCGACAUUGCAAACUUCAUGAUUCCAGGCAAGCUUGUGAAGGGGAUUGGCGGAGCCAUGGACCUGGUAUCAAAUCCUGACAAGACGAAGGUCAUUGUGGCCAUGGAACACUGUGCAAAAGAUGGAGGUCCAAAGAUCAUGCAGGAAUGCUCGUUGCCACUGACUGGUGCACGGGCGGUCGGCCAAAUUAUUACCGAACUUGCUGUGUUUGAUGUUGACCGGUCUGGUGGCAACUUGACGCUCGUUGAAGUGGCCAAGGGUGUGACGGUGGAGGAGGUACAAGCGAAGACAGCCUGCGACUUCAAGGUCUCUGACAACCUUGGGCAGAUGUAAGUGUAAGUUCCUAUUGAUGGUAUGUAUAUAAAUACAUGGAUCAGUAGGCUUGCUUGAUUUCCACCCUUGAUAUCUGAUGAUAUCAAUCACACGUUAAUUCCGUCCUUCACGGGCAUUCCAAGCCUUUGAUACACGUACGGUUGUAUUUUACAUAUAUUUGGGAUGAUUGCUGUAUUAAAAUAAGAGGCCGUCCGUCGCUUCGCAUUGCACAGUCAAAGAUAUAUUUUACACAGAAAGUCUGAGGUGGCAUAUUACUUACACAUGUGACAGAAAUAGACGCGAAAAUCUA